AUGAGAUCAAUUAGCCUGUUCGUUCUUUACACGUCUGUUGUAGUUACUACAGCAUUCACAUUUCCAAACAAUGAUGUAGAUGCAUCUUGCAAUUGUCGUCCGUUAAGGGAAUGCAGUUCCCUAUUAUCAAAAUUAAUAACAAGUCAUUCAACAGAUGCUGUGAAACAUAGAGCAUUUACCAAAUAUCUUCACUUAAUUAAUUGCGGAUACGUGCGUUCUGAACCGCUCGUUUGUUGUCCUGAAAAAAUUCCUAGUGAAAUUCUUGAAAUUGUGGAUGACAAAAAAUACUGGACUGCGUCACAGCAACAGAACAGUAUAAUAAAAUUGAGGCUCGCUAUUGAAAAUGCCAAAUCUCCAUCUCUAAAUAAUGUUGAUCCAUUUCCUGAAUGUGGUCUACAUUGGCAGGGAGAAGAUACCAACAGUAACGUUACAAGCCUUGGAAAAUAUCCUUGGUUGGCAUUAUUGGAGUAUAAGACCUCUGACAAGCAUAAACAAAUUUUGUGUGGAGGUGUACUCAUAAGUGAUCAGCAUAUCCUCACAUCAGGUCAUUGUGUAAGAUCCAAUCUAAAUCUCAAGUUAGUCAGUGUAAUUCUAGGCGAGUAUGACACAAAUACCAAUCCAGAUUGCAUACACCAAGAUCGCUACCAUGAACCUCUAUGUGUGGAUUCUGUAAAAAAGUACAACAUUUCAUCCUCGAUAAUACAUCAUAAAUACGACCAAGGGCUUUCCUUUCUUAUACUACCAAGUAAUAAUGAUACAUCCGACGUUGAUCUAUACAACAUUGGUCUCAUAAAGCUCAAAGAGAAGGUUCAAUUUACAAAAUACAUUCAACCAAUUUGUUUGCCAUUGGGAAAACCAAAUUACAAAAACUUCCAAGUUGCUGGUUGGGGAAGAACACAUACAUUAAAUGUCAAAGGAUUCAAUAAAACGUUAAUAUCUUAUGUGACUCAAUGCAAACCUGACGAUUAUAAAAAGUUUGCAAUUAGACGUAUCUACGAUGAAAGUGAAUUGAUUUGUGUUACUGCUUCAAAAAAUAGUGUUGAACAGCCUUGCGUCGUCGACUCUGGUGGUCCACUUAUCGGUUUCGAGACAAGUGAAAGUGGAAGAACAAGACCGACUGUUUUUGGCAUUAUGUAUGCGAUCAUGCCCUGCGAACAAGACGAAGAGCAAGAAGCUCUAUCCGGAAUCUUCACGAAUGUGUAUACUUACAAGAGCUGGAUAAUUAAACACAUGAAGUCAUGA